AUGUACACCAACUUCCAGGUUAGGAGGUUAGCUGACUUGUUCAAAGCCCCAAAGCAUGUAAGCGGAGGAGUCCGUGAAAACGCCAGGUCUUGCGACUGGCUCUCGCCCCCUCUCCGGGAACCUCGGCUUUUGGAGGUGCUGGAUCCGACCUGGCCGGGAGGCUUGCAGCCCUCACCCCAGGGCGCCCCGAGGGGACUCCCGGCAGGGGGCGCUCAGAGCCGGGUCUCGGGGCUCCGGGCGCGCCUCCAGCCGGCGCCUGGGACGGGGCCCGCCGCUCCGCCUCCUCGGUGUCUCUGCGGGCGGGCGAGCAGGGAGCGGAGCAGAUCCGAGAGCAGCGCGCCCGGCCGGGCCCCCGGUGCCCACCGCGGUCCCACGGCCGCCGCCGCGCAGCCUCCCGCCGGCUGUACGCUCCAGGCCUCGAUGAAGAGCCCAAACAUGGAGACGUUCAAGCAGCAGAAGGUGGAGGACUUUUAUGACAUCGGGGAGGAGCUGGGGAGGAGCUGGGGAGUGUCUUGCAGAGUGUCCAGAGGAGAGCUCUUCAACUUCCUGGCCCAGAAGGAAUCCCUGAGUGAGGAGGAGGCCACCGGCUUCAUUAAGCAGAUCCUGGAAGGGGUGAACUACCUUCAUGCCAAGAAAAUCGCUCACUUUGAUCUCAAGUUGGAAAUCUACAUUUCUGAAGGAACCCACUCAACAGAGGAAGAUAUCAACAAGCAGAUAAAUGACAAAGAGCGAGUGGCGGCUGCCAUGGAGAACCCCAGCUUACGGGAAAUCGUGGAACAGUGUGUCCUGGAACCUGACUGAUAGCUGUUUUAGAGCCACUGAAGUAUAAUCAUUUGAUAUAUUUGUUUAAAGUCUUUGUAAAAUGUAAAAAAUUCAUGUUUAAUACAUAGGUGAUUUGUACCUCAGAGCAUUUUUUUAAAUGAUGAUUUCCAAGCAAGAUUUAAUUAUAAGGUAGUACCUAGUUUGUUCAAUGUCUAACAUUCUCAGGAUUUGUAACCCUUAAAUAAUCAGACAAAGAUAUUUUCUAGUUAUUGUGUGUAAGAUGAAUUGCUCUUUUUCUGAUGCCCAUUCUGAUGCUUUUCAUGUGAAAAUAUUUACUGUGCCCAAGUGUAUUCAAUUUAAACCAUUACUCUGUAAAAUAAAUAAAACAGAGAUGAUUCUUGUACACACA